AUGACCAAACUCAACUAUCAAGUUUGGCGAGAGUUGUUCGAAACUCACUGCAUCUGUUUUGGAGUUCUCGGCCAUCUUGAUGGUACCUCUGCUCCUACCCCUGAAACCGAAAAAGAAUGGAAGGAACAUGAUGGCUUACUUAAGAUGUGGAUUUACGGAACCAUAUCAGAAUCAAUCCUCGACACCGUCCUCAAAACCAAGUGCUCUGCUCGUGAUUUGUGGCUCACAAUUGAAAAUCUCUUCCGAGAUAACAAGGAGGCUCGAGCUCUAGAACUUGAGAAUGAACUUCGCACAACUGUCAUCGGAGAUCUCACCAUUCACACCUACUGCCAAAAACUCAAGACUCUCUCCGAUCAGCUCACCAAUCUCGAUUCACCCGUCUCGGACCGCGCUCUUGUUAUGCAUCUUCUUAACGGCCUAUCCGACAAAUUUGAUAACAUCAUCAAUGUUAUCAAACACAAAUCCCCUUUCCCACAGUUCAUUGAAGCUCGCUCGAUGCUCACCAUGGAAGAGAAACGCCUCACCAAACCGACACCACCGACACUCGUCAACCACAACACGGCUUCUGCUCCUGCUCUUCUCUACACAGCCUCAGACCAGCAACGUCAGUCCAACCAAGGAGGUUACUCGAACAACAACACCAACAACUACUCACAUCACAACGGCGGUGGUAGAGGUAAUCGGGGCCGUGGUCGUGGUGGCCGUUACGGUCGUGGUCGCGGACGCUACAACGGUCAAUGGCCUCCACUGUACACACCGACUUGGCCACAAGGAGCUCAACCAUGGCCAGCGACUUAUCCUCCGCCGAUGCUUUCCUACCCUAGCCAUCAAUUCUCCCCGUUGGGCUCACUCCCAAACUACUCCGCUCACAACAGUCGUAUGCAGCCUGGUCUUCUUGGACCCUCUCCUAGGCCCAAUCAUGAAGCCCAUCUCACUAAUGCAGCAACUCAACAACAACUGACGGCCUCGUACUUACCUGCGCAAAUCACUCAUGCGUUUAAUACGAUGGCACUGCAGGAUCCAUACAAUCCAUGGUACAUGGACUCCGGUGCAACAGACCACAUUGCCUCGCAUCCAGGUAUUCUUCGUUCUACUUUUAAUUCGAGCAAUCUCCCUUCUAUUACUGUUGGGAAUGGGUCUUGCGCUCCUGUUACGACAACCGGUGAGGGGAUUCUAAACUCUCCUUCUCGUCCAUUUUUUCUACGCAAUGUUCUUGUUUGUCCUGCAAUUGUUAAAAAUUUGAUAUCCGUUCGUAAAUUUGUCACGGAUAACUUUUGUUCUCUUGAAUUUGAUCCUUUUGGUUUCACUGUUAAGGACCUUCCAACUCGGACCAAUCUUCUCCGAUGUAACAGCUCGGGGCCUCUCUACUCGUUUACUCCAUCCCCCCUUCGGACUCCUCCUCUUGCUCUUGCUGCUUCUACUACUUCUCUCUGGCAUCGAAGACUCGGCCACCCCAAUGACCAAGUUCUUCAUCGUCUUCUCUCCUCUCUUUCUAUUUCUAGCAAUAAGACUGACUUGACAACAAUGUGUCAAGCAUGUCAAUUGGUGAUACGUUCUCCAAGUAUCUGCAUUUUUCCCACUAUGUGCAAAUACAGUUUCACUGCAAAAUACAAGCACUACAAUGCGAUAAUGGUGGAGAGUAUGAUAAUCUUGCGUUUAAGGAACAAUUGGCGACCGAUGGCACCGUCUUCCGGUUCUCAUGCCCCUACACGUCUCAACAAAAUGGUCGUGCCGAACGAAUGCUCCGCACCAUCAACAACUUAG